AUGUCUGUGGUUCCUUGCAAUUGCUACCACACCACUGAAAAGGGUAACUGUGGCGGUGAAAUUGAAAGCUUUCACCAGUUUUUUGAGUGCUGGAUUUCUGAGCAAAACCAACACCUGAAGGACCUUUUAGUUGCUGAAUCAACUCAGCUAACAGGUGAAGAACUUCAGCCACUGAUUGAUGGGGUGGUUGAGCAUUAUGAAUACUACUACAAGGCCAAGUCAAGUUGGGCAAAGCAAGAUGUGUUGGCCAUGUUGUCUCCAACAUGGACGAGUUCCUUCGAAGAGGCUUUUCUUUGGAUUGGUGGAUGGCGACCAAGCAUGGCCUUUCACUUGCUAUAUUCCAAGUCUGGUAUGCAAUUUGAGGCCAGGCUCAAUGAAUUGAUCCAAGGUCUAAGAACAUAUGACUUGGGAGACCUAUCAGCAUCCCAACUAGCUCAGCUUGAUGAGAUGCAGAGGAGGACCAUCUUAGAGGAGAGGGAGAUCUCAGAUUUGAUGGCAAGGCACCAGGAGACAUUGGCUGAUGCCUCAAUGGUGGAGUUGUCUCAUGUGGUUUCUGAGAUGAUAAGAUCCGAUGAAAGAGACUUUAAGGAGAGUAAGGAAAUAGAGGACAAGGUUGAAUCAACCCUGGUGCCAAAAGAAGAGGGUUUGGAGGAGAUCUUGCUGAAAGCUGAUGAACUUAGGUUGGGAACACUGAAGGCUAUUGUUAAUGUUUUGGCUCCAAAGCAGGCCGUUCAUUUCUUAAUUGCUGCUGCAGAACUGCACCUGAGGCUACAUGAUUGGGGGAAGAAGAUGGAUGCUAGAAAGGGAAAUCAUGGUAUUGGUGAGGGUAAAAAUCAUAAUUCAUCUAUUUGA